AUGUGUAUCUUCGUUCCUGGCCAAUGUAAAGCAAAUUUCUUUUUACAGCAGCAUCACAAAAAAAUUGCCAAAAUAACGCCAAAGAAACCAAGUACUGGAGGAUCUAAAUACCCCGCGCCAAUAUCCAUUCCCAACAUAAUUGACACCGAUUGCGGCCUAACAAACAUACAUCUUCAUCACUUGGGCGCCCUGGUGUCAGCAGGAUUCGAGGUGUCGGCCAUAGUUGGAGAAAAUAUAUUGAAUACAGACCGCAUUCACACUAGCACUAGUGCCCGAACGAAGGGCAACAAAGAUAAUUUUGAAGGUAUUGUUGCAGGGUUGGAUAUGAGUGGCGAUGGUAGUUUUAGUGCCGUUUCUGAAACGUGGAACACCGACGGUAAUUCAACAAAGAAGAGAUUCUAUCAAACAGCGCAAUCAUUCAGCGAGGAGCAAAAACAGCAACAACAAUUGGAGCAACCCAACCAAGUAAAGGAAUUUUUAAGCAGGUCUCUUGUUGAACACGCACAUAGUAGAAACAGUACAAUGCAAUAUUCUGCGGGUGAAAAUCCCAAUCGAGAACACAACGUAGCUUACGAAUGUAAUAAUGAAUCGGCGGAAACACACUCUAUUGAUAUUAUGAAACCAAUCAACAUUUGCUUCGAUGCACAGACUACUAACACAAAUGACGAGGCGGGCACGACGAUGGCAGAACGUGAUGUUGGUUCGACGUUUUUAUUACCGCAUACACACCUGUAUAAAUCAGAUAUGCAAACACCCAAUUAGUUCUGGCUUGCAGUCCCGUUUUAAGGAAAUUUAUUUUUAUUUACCCAUUUAUUUACAUGCAUUUAUUAAAAGAAAAAAAUGUAGUUUACAUACUUA